AUGGGGCCUGACAAAGUGCACCCUAGAACUCCUAAGGAAUCGGCGGAUAUCUCAGCUGACCCAUACUCCCGAUUCAUCCAACGGUGUAUGGAUGACGGAAAAUUCCCUUCUCGAUGCAAAGCCGCAGCUUUGUUCCACAACUACACCGAAUAUGGCUACAAUGUCACUCCAGUUAUCCAGAAAUGCUUGCAACAAUUCACUCGUGAUGCGUCCACCGGGUGA